UCGAUUUUGACAGUAAGGUAUCGAACACGCCGAGUCUUAGAAUUUCAGAUAAUUAUUAUGAAAUUGAUAACAGAUUGCACCUAGGUAAAAUAGUAUUAAAUAGCCCUCAAAAUGAACUCUGUACUGAGAAAUAGGUGUGUAGUGUUAAGCCGCGCUUUCGGUACAUCUGUCAGACAAUACGCGGUGCCUCCGGUUCCGCCGAAUCCUCCUAAGAAACCCAAGAAGAUAACAUCUGCAAUAACAUGGAAGUCUAUGACAGCGACUGCACUCAUCGGUGGAGGCUUGACCGCAUUCAUGAUGUACCUGAGAAAAGAGAAACAAGAAGCCUUAGAUCGGGAGAGGAAACGACAACUUGGGAAGGCAAAAAUAGGCGGAGAGUUUGAGCUGGUUAACACAGAGGGAAAACUUGUUAAGAGCUCAGACUUCUUAGGAAAGUGGCUUUUAAUUUAUUUUGGAUUUACCCACUGUCCUGAUAUUUGCCCCGAUGAAUUGGAAAAGUUAGCUGAAGUGGUAAAUAUGCAUGAGAGUGACCCUAAGCUGCCUCCUGUACAACCUAUUUUCAUAUCUGUAGAUCCUCAGAGAGACACACCAGAAAUUGUAGGAAAAUACUGCAAGGAAUUUUCCCCUCGCUUCCUGGGCCUGACUGGUACCAAGGAACAGGUUCAGAAGGCUUGCAAGUCUUACCGUGUUUACUUCAGUGCAGGACCACAGGAUGAUGACAAUGAUUAUAUUGUGGACCACACAAUUAUCAUCUACCUUGUUGAUCCUGACGGCGAAUUCGUCGACUACUACGGCCAGAACAGAAAUGCAAAAGAAAUUCACAACUCAAUGCUUGUUAACAUUAAAAAGUAUGAAUCCUCAAAGAAAUCUUCAUGGCUUUGAGCACCGAACGCAUUUACGUAGUGUUAUAGACAUAAUCUAGUUUCAAAGUAUUUUUACGUAAGCAAAAUAAAAUUAUUGUUAUGUAAA